AUCGAAACGAAGUUAGUGACAGACAAAGAAGGUCUUCACACUCUUCAAACGUCAGUACAGUUUAAUGGAGAGAGUGUUCGUAAUAGCUACGAUAAUUGUGAAAAGGCAAAUGAAAGAGUAUCAAAAUUUAUCUUCGAACAAAACAAACCCAAGGAUGAUCAUGAUGAAAGCGACGAGAUCGACAAGUUCUUUAAAAGUCCCUCCGAAACAAAAUCGUCCAAUCUAUUUUCGCAAAAAACAGACAACUCAACCAAGAAACGGCGAAAAUUAAGCAGUGAACGAAGCAUUGCCAACGAAGCGGAUGACGAGAAAGACAAGGUCGAUGAAGCACAUGGCUCCCCUACAUCCGAGGAGGAUGAUAACGCGGAUUACAUACCUAUACCUGAGGAGGAAGAUUCAGAUUACGUGGCAAGUAAUGAUGAGGAUCAGAAUCCUCCACCAUUGCUGACAUUAUCACAGUUCAAGUGUUUUGAUGAGUCCUACGCAAAAAUGAAAAAGACUCAAAAGUGGAUUCUAUCAACUGGAACGUGCGUCGAGGAUGCUAUCUUCGAGCAUUGCAAUAAAUUAUUAUCCGAAUCACUCCAUUCAUGGAUCGUUGAUUUGGAUGAUCAGGAGAUAGAGGCACUAUUUACAGUUACAGAACUGAAAGAAAUACGCCGUGAAGUCAGAAGGUUACCAAAGGUUGACGAAACCUUUGUUGAGUCAUUGAUGCGAUUUGCCAAUGUUAAAACAACAAGUGAGCUAAGACACAUCCUAGAAACAACAUCCUACCGAAAUAUGGAUGAGCCUUAUGACCGAGAGAAACACUAUGAUGCUGAAUGGGUAGAUAUAGUAAUGAGAAAGUACCUUACAAAUUAUGAAGAUCCCAAUGGAAUACUGCAUAAAUCACAUCUUGAAUCUUGGCAUGACAUUAAUGUGUGGUCACUAAUAAUUGAUCAUGGUCUCCAAAACUUAAUUGGGAUAGAGACUGUUAGGAGUCAACAAGUGGGGCAGUAUCUGCAAGAAAAAACUGAAAGAGGAUACGUACACGUCACAAGAAUAUCAAACGUAAGACGAUGGGAUCCCGUAUGGAUGGAAUAUUUAGGACAUAUAACGAAAGUAAGGAAACUAAGAGUAGUUGGUAUGCUUCACUUGGAUCUUAAAACACAAGUGCUACAUCUGAAUAGUCCUAAGGGAUACGUGUCAAUAUUAAAACGAGAGAAGCUCCUUGAGGUGCCAGUUACAGUCGAAAAAAUACAGGAUCUUAUUAGGGUGCUGACAAGUGUAUGGAUGUUGAAGAAAGCGAUUAUGGACUGCGUGGAUACAGUGAACUUACAAGCUCAAAAUUCAAUUGAUCUUAGGCAAGAACUAGUUGCCAUGGGCACAGAGACUCCACCACCCUCAAUUGUUUUGCCAUGGUCUUGUGAUAUACUGUAA